AAAAAAACCUCCCAAAUUUGGCUGCCGCUUCCUGUGACGGCUCGACGUCCAUCAUGGUGUGCAUGUCGCGCGUGUGGCAGCAGGGUUGCUUGUUCGCCGCGCGGCUCCGAAACAAGGACUGGGCGUGCAGGUUGGCGGGCCUUUCUGUCAGAUAUUACAGCACCAAGACGGCACCUCAGAUACCAGGCAUGGAGUACCAGGAUGCCAUCUGCACUCUGAACACCCUGCAGACUAAUGCCAGUGCUCUGGAGCAGGUAAGACGUGAGCGGAGCCACCCUCAGCUGCAGCUCCAGGCCAUGAGAGCCUUCCUGGAACGAGCCGGCCUCACGGUGGAGGAACUAGACCAUCUCAAUAUCAUUCAUGUGACGGGAACAAAGGGCAAGGGGUCAACAUGUGCGUUUACUGAGCAGAUUUUGAGAAGUUAUGGCUUCCGCACAGGAUUCUACAGUUCCCCACAUUUGGUCCAAGUCAGGGAGAGGAUUCGAAUCAACGGGCAGCCCGUUGGAAAAGAGCUCUUCACUAAAUACUUCUGGCAGGUUUAUGGACGGCUGGAUGAAACUAAGGAUUCCCAUGGAGGGACGAUGCCGGCAUACUUCCGUUUCCUCACCAUCUUGGCCUUCCAUGUGUUUCUUCAGGAGAAGGUGGAUUUAGCUGUAAUUGAAGUUGGGAUUGGCGGAGCAUAUGACUGCACCAACAUUAUAAGGAGGCCGUGGGUGUGUGGAAUCUCCUCUCUGGGUAUAGACCACACUCAGAUUCUUGGAGAUACCAUUGAAAAGAUCGCCUGGCAAAAAGGAGGCAUCUUCAAGCCAGGGGUUCCUGCCUUCACAGUGAAACAGCCAGAAGAUGCGAUGGUUGUGCUCAGGGACAGGGCCAAAGAGAUACGAUGUCCUCUGUGGGUGUGUCCAGAGCUGGAGGACUACCAGACAGACUGUGGACCUCUGCGCCUGGGCCUGGCAGGGCAGCACCAGCACUCCAAUGCCUCCCUGGCCCUCCAGCUGAGUCACACUUGGCUGCAGAAAAGAUGUCUACCAGAUAAAAGCUUUCCCUCCACCAGUGUUGAGAACACAAGUGUACGUCAGGCCACUUCUUUCAAGCCCAGCCCCAUCAUGGUGAAAGGGCUGGCAGACACAGAGUGGCCCGGAAGGAAUCAGACUCUGAAACACGGAGCAGUCACAUACUUCUUGGAUGGAGCUCACACCAUGCGCAGUAUGCAGGCCUGUGUACACUGGUUCAGAAAGACUGCAGCCCAACAUGAAAGGAAUGCAAGUGGACCUGUGGCCAGAGUUUUGCUGUUCAAUGCCACAGGAGAGAGAGACUCAGCAGCCAUGCUUAAACUACUGGUGCCAUAUCAAUUUGACUUUGCUGUGUUCUGCCCAAACAUCACUGAAGCCAUCGCUUCUUGCAAUGCAGACCAGCAGAACUUCAAUGUCUCGGUGGAGAACAUGUUGACUCGCUGCUUGGACAACGAGAGGAGCUGGCGUCUCCACAACAGCCUGGGGGAUAACACAGGUACACAGCUGCUCAUUGAGGACAGCCUCCCCCUGGUCCCUGAAAAGAAAACAGACACCCUGGUCUUCCCCUGCAUCCUCAGCGCCCUCCAGUGGAUCACCCAGGGCAGGGAUUCAGUGCUGGCAGACCCAGCAAAGACAGUCUUACCAGUUAAACCCAGCAUCAUGGCCAAAGCUGCUCCGCUCUGCGAUGCGGCCGAGAUCCAUGUCCUCAUCACCGGAAGCCUCCACCUGGUGGGAGGAGUACUCAAACACCUCGACCCAGCUUCUUCCAAGUAAAUGGACAAUGUUGAAAUUAGCAAUCAAUUUUAGAUACAGUUUAAAAUAAUGGGGGGUGCACUGCCUACAUACACAUUUACCUUUGUGGAAGAAAAAUAAUUUCUGUCUGUAUAGAUGAGGUUUUUGCGAUACUAGCUUUUUGGACUAUUAGUUUACGUGUUUACCUGAAAGGGAUUAGCUGCACCCACGUAUUGUGGUUGUCUUGGUAGCUUCCCUACAGUGGCUGAUGCUAGGAGCCCGCUAGUUUGAACCAAGGCAGCUCCAGGCCUCACAACGGCCCAAGCUUCACCCAGAGCCUUACAGACGGCCGCACAAACGUGUGGAGCUCGUGUCUUUAGUCUUAACUUGAAGCCAAAUAUGUUUACAUGAACUGCAGAGGCUACAUUCAGGUACACCACGAUGUGAGCUGAGUUGGCUAAACUGAUUCACUGAUGCCACCUGGAUGAACCAGAGUGGUGUGAUGGUUAAAAAAAAAAAAUGGUACAAAAACUGCAGAUUAACGGGCACCAAAAAGUGCUACCUGGAGGUCUGAGCUUUCCGGUUUUACUUACACCAGACUAUUACCUUUCAGUCUUUUUUUUUGUUUUUUAAUGAAAGCCAUUUUGCAUGGUUUCUACUUUAAUUUUGUCAGGAUUUGACAAAGUGCUUCAUACACAUGGCCUGCUCAUCUCUUUGUGGUAGAUGUGUCAAUAUUCUAACAUGAGUAUUGGCAUCAGAUGAAUUCAUGUAACUGUCAAUCAAAGUCUGUGUAAUGUUUUACACUGGAAUUAUAUUGCUAUUUAAAUGGCCCUUUAUUUAAAUUUGCAUUAUCUGACUGUAAUACAUAGUUUAUGUAUGUAUGUAUGUAUAAUGGUGAAAAAUAUUGACGCUGUAUAAAAUACACACAUCGUUGGGGUCUUGUUGGAAUGUUGUCAUGGUGAUCCAUCCAGUGAAGCUAACAGAGCUCAUCAGCUUCACAGCUGCUUCAGCCACAUCCGGUCACCCUGUAACCUUCAAAUUGAAUUUCAGUAUAAAAUAACCUACACUGACAACACUUCAAUGUUCAUGUGGACCCAUCAAGACACAGAAUGCACAUAAAUGGAACUUCUCAUUUUUAAGUAGUGAAGAUGAAAUCUGCUCAAAUCUUAAUUAUGAGGCAGUAUAAACAAAUAGAAAUGGUAUGCACCACUGUUAUGAAUAUAUUUGGUCUCCCCUUUGUGGACCUAAAACCUAACAAAAUGUGUUGUACUAGUGUACACGAUCCUUGUCUAUUCAUUGUGAUCCACAAUAAAAAUGUAGCCUUUCA